AGUACAGAUACUUAUACCUAUUCAUUAUAAAUAUUAACUCUACUCCAGUAAUUCAUUAAAACAAUGAAUUUAAAAUAAGAUACUUAUAAAUCUAGUCCCAAAGAUAAUGGACAACAAAAUUUAUAUAAUUUUUGCUGUUAUAGCUUUUGUGCAAAAAGUUAAUUCAGGUCUGCUGGACUGUCGGAUUUCACCUUACGGAAACUUGUCACCAAUAGUGGUACUGCACAAUCAGAAUGAGUUUCUCUAUCCAGAGUUCCACGAUCUUGAUCUGAGGUUUCCCCCAGGAACUUCUGUGGAUUUCUUAUGCCCCGGUGGAGAAAUUAUUAUCGGCUCGAACACUUACACAGAUAUCAGCAUGGCUACUUGUAUAGUGGGGAGUUUAUUCGAAAUACACAGUCAACAUGUCGAUUUCAAUGACAUCACUUGCAGCAGAAUACCAGAUAAAAACGCCCGUUACACAGGACUGGAUUGUGAAAACAACGGAAAAGAGAUAGAAAUAGGCUUCGAAACAUCAAAUAAUUUUUUGAGAACUGUUUUAGUUUGUUUCGACCAGUCCACACAGCUGGCGCUCCAUACUCGUGUCAACAUUACCAGAGCUAUCAACAAGCGCGUAACUAGUACUCCCAGGCCCAGUUUCAUACAAGGGAGAUCCUUGUAUUCCAUUACAUCGGUGAAUAGCUAUUAUACUCGAGUAAAUCAACGUACAACCAUCAAUAACCAACUAGGCUUACCAGCAGAGUCUACGCAAUAUAUUAAUACCAAUACAUAUUAUUUGGCCAGAGGUCAUAUGACUGCCAGAUCAGACAAUUUCUAUCCAUCUGAACAAAAUUCAACCUUCUUUUUUGUUAACGCUGCUCCCCAAUGGCAAAUAUUCAAUGCAGGGAAUUGGUACAAAGUUGAGAUUAGCGUGCGUGAUUACGCCGAGGCAAAUGAUGUAGACCUCAUUCAGUGGACGGGAGUAUAUGGUGUACUAACACUGCCAGACUCUAGAGGUCAUCCUACGGAAUUAUACAUCUAUGAUGUGAACGGAGUAAAAAAUCUACCAGUUCCAGAAAUUUUCUGGAAAGUAGUGUAUGAUCCAAUAUCUCUCAGAGGUAUAGCAAUUAUUGGACUAAAUAAUCCUUACGCAAAAAGUUAUACAGUAUUUUGUGAUGAUGUGUCUGAUCAAAUAGAUUGGAUACACGUAGCCUGGGAUUCUGUCCCUGAGGGUCUUAUAUAUGCUUGCGAGAUUGAAGAUUUUAAGAAAACUGUCAGUUAUGUACCAAGUUUUCCCGUUUCUGGUCUCUUAGUCUAAUAUACCUAUAUAACUCAUAUUGUACAAUAUGGUAUUUUGACAUUGCAUUAACUAAUAGUGUAUAAUAGAGUGUAAUGUGACAACUAUUACAUACUUUUAAAUUCAUUUUUAAAAUAAUGGUCGUUAAAAAAAUAGGUAUAAAAUAAAUAGCGACACAAUAUUUUUUUUCAAAUUCCCAUACCCUCUGUCUGUAAUAAAAAACCUGUAAAAUAUAAUUUGUCAAGAUAAUAUUGUAUGUAAAUUUUGGUAUGUUUAAUACGCUCAGCAUUAUACAGAGCUAAGAAGGCACUAUAAAUACCAAAUUUCCAAUAUUUGCCCCUAAGCAAUAACAUAUUUUAAUUAAAAACAUAUAUAAUUUUCUAUUGUAACUAAAUUAAUUAAUGGUCUAAUUAAUGAAUAUGUAAUUAAAAUUUUAAUAUUCAAAUAAAUAGGUACUAAUAAGUGAGAAUGAUUUACCCAUUUAUUUUAUAAGUCUAUUUGUGAGGAUUUUAAUAAAGGAGGUACUGCAUUCAAUUAUAAAGAG